AUGGGGUUGGAGGCCCAGAGGCUGCCAGCGGCAGAGGAGGUCCCAGUGAGAGUGGCCCUACGAGUCCGCCCGCUGCUGCCCAAGGAGCUGCUGCACGGGCACCAGAGCUGCCUGCGGGUGGAGCCAGGCUGCGGCCGCGUCACUCUGGGCCGUGACCGCCAUUUUGGUUUCCAUGUGGUGCUGGCCGAGGAUGCCGGGCAGGAGGCUGUGUACCAGGCCUGCGUGCAGCCCCUCCUCGAGGCUUUCUUUGAGGGCUUCAACGCCACUGUCUUUGCCUAUGGUCAGACGGGAUCUGGGAAGACGUACACCAUGGGUGAGGCCAGUGUGGCCUCCCUCCAUGAGGAUGAGCAGGGCAUCAUCCCGCGGGCCAUGGCUGAGGCCUUCAAGCUUAUCGAUGAGAACGACCUGCUUGACUGUCUGGUGCACGUGUCCUACCUUGAAGUGUACAAGGAGGAGUUCCGAGACCUGCUUGAGGUGGGCACCGCCAGCCGUGACAUCCAGCUUCGGGAAGACGACCGAGGGAAUGUCGUGCUGUGUGGGGUGAAGGAGGUGGAUGUGGAGGGCCUUGACGAGGUGCUGAGCCUCCUGGAGAUGGGCAACGCAGCGCGGCACACGGGGGCCACACACCUCAACCGACUCUCCAGCCGCUCCCACACGGUCUUUACGGUGACCCUGGAGCAGCGGGGGCGCGCCCCCAGCCGCCUGCCCAGACCCGCUGCCGGCCAGCUGCUUGUCUCCAAGUUCCACUUUGUGGACCUGGCGGGCUCCGAGAGGGUGCUGAAGACAGGCAGCACAGGCGAGCGGCUGAAGGAGAGCAUCCAGAUCAACAGCAGCCUCCUGGCGCUGGGCAACGUCAUCAGCGCCCUGGGUGACUCCCAGCGCCGCGGUAGCCACAUUCCCUACCGCGACUCCAAGAUCACCCGGAUCCUCAAAGACUCCCUCGGGGGGAAUGCCAAGACUGUGAUGGUCGCCUGCGUCAGCCCAUCCUCCUCUGACUUCGACGAGACACUCAACACCCUCAACUAUGCCAGCCGCGCUCAGAACAUCCGAAACCAUGCCAUGAUCAACUGGCGGCCUGAGGCCGAGCGGGCGCUCGAGGAGGUGGCUAGGGCGCGGGGGCCGCCGCGCCACCGCUCAGAGACGCGCAUCAUCCACCGCGGCCGGCGCGCCCGGGCCCCCGCAGGCGCUCACACCGCCACCACUCGCCUGGACGCCGAGUGCGCGCGCUGCCGGGCUCGCACCGACGCCGCCUGCAGCCUUCUGCGCGAGCUGCAGGCUGAGCCCGGGCUGCCCGGCGCCGCUGCGCGCAAGGUGCGCGACUGGUUGUGCGCAAUCGAGGGCGAGCGCAGCGCCCUGAGCUCCGCCUCUGGGCCUGACAGCGGCAUCGAGAGCACCUCCGCCGAGGAUCAGGCCACCCUGCGCGGGCGAAAGGAAGAUGAGGGGACCCAGCAAUUGCUGACGCUGCAGAGCCAGGUGGCCCGGCUGGAAGAGGAGAACCGAGACUUUCUGGCUGCAUUGGAGGACGCCAUGGAGCAGUACAAACUGCAGAGCGACCGCCUGCGUGAGCAGCAGGAGGAGAUGGCAGAGCUGCGGCUGCAGCUGGAGCUGGUGCGGCCUGGCUGGGGGGCGCCAGGGCUUCUGCAGGGCCUGCCUCCUGGGUCUUUUGUGCCCCGGCCUCACACAGCCCCCUUGGGGGGUGCUCACACCCAUAUGCUGGGCAUGGUGCCCCCUACCUGCCUUCCAGGGGGUGAAGUUGGUCCUGAGCAGUGGGGAGAGCUGACAGGUGAAAAGGAAGCUGGUACUGAGUUGCUGGUGGAGGUAGACAGGCUGGGAAGCAGCUCUUCAACUACAUCAGAGGAGGACGAGGAGGAGGGGCCGCCCAGGCAGACCCUGCACCUGCGCAGAAAUGGGAUCGGCAGCUGGAGCCGGAAGGUGGGGGCCCACCCAGGAAGUCCACCUGACCGGAAGGGCCCAGAGCUUCGCCUUGAAGAGCUGGUUGCAGCCAUCCCAGGGCCCAGAGUGGUUGGUGGGAGCAAGGCCCCUGCUCGGCCCCGCCAGGCCCCUGCUGCCACAGCCUCUGAGUGGCGGCUGGCCCAGGCCCAGCAGAAGAUCCGGGAGCUGGCCAUCAACAUCCGCAUGAAGGAGGAGCUCAUCGGAGAGCUGGUCCGCACAGGGAAGGCGGCCCAGGCCCUGAACCGCCAGCACAGCCAGCGCAUCCGGGAGCUGGAGCAGGAGGCGGAGCGGGUGCGGGCUGAACUGAGCGAAGGCCAGAGGCAGCUGCAGGAGCUCGAGGGCAGGGAGCUGCAGGACGCUGGCGAGCGGUCUCGGCUCCAGGAGUUCCGCAAGAGGGUCGCCGCGGCCCAGAGCCACGUGCAGGUGCUGAAGGAGAAGAAGCAGGCAACGGAGCGGCUAGUGUCGCUGUCGGCCCAGAGUGAAAAGCGGCUGCAGGAGCUGGAGAGGAACGUGCAGCUCAUGCGGCAGCAGCAGGGCCAGCUGCAGAGGCGGCUGCGUGAGGAGACAGAGCAGAAGCGGCGCCUGGAGAUGGAGAUGAACAAGCGGCAGCACCGCGUCAAGGAGCUGGAGCUGAAGCACGAGCAGCAGCAAAAGAUCCUGAAGAUCAAGACAGAGGAGAUUGUGGCGUUCCAGAGGAAGCGGCGCAGCGGCAGCAACGGCUCUGUGGUCAGCCUGGAGCAGCAGCAGAAGAUCGAGGAGCAGAAGAAGUGGCUGGACCUGGAGAUGGAGAAGGUCCUGCAGCAGCGACGGGCACUGGAGGAGCUGGGGGAGGAGCUUCACAAGCGGGAGGCCAUCCUGGCCAAGAAGGAGGCCCUGAUGCAGGAGAAGACGGGGCUGGAGAGCAAGCGCCUGCGGUCCAGCCAGGCCCUCAGUGAGGACAUCGUGCGAGUAUCCAGCCGGCUGGAGCACCUCGAGAAGGAGCUGUCCGAAAAGAGUGGGCAGCUGCGGCAGAGCAGUGCCCACAACCAGCAGCAGAUCCGUGGUGAGAUCGACAACCUGCGCCAGGAGAAGGACCUGCUGCUGAAGCAGCGCCUGGAGAUUGACAGCAAGCUGAGGCAGGGCAGCCUGCUGUCUCCUGAGGAGGAGCGGACGCUGUUCCAGCUGGAUGAGGCCAUCGAAGCCCUGGAUGCUGCCAUUGAGUACAAGAACGAGGCCAUCACGUGCCGCCAGCGGGUGCUGCGGGCCUCAGCCUCCUUGCUGUCCCAGUGCGAGAUGAACCUUAUGGCCAAGCUCAGCUAUCUCUCAUCCUCAGAGACCAGAGCACUACUCUGCAAGUACUUUGACAAGGUGGUGACGCUUCGUGAGGAGCAGCACCAGCAGCAGAUCGCCUUCUCGGAGCUGGAGAUGCAGCUCGAGGAGCAGCAGCGGCUGGUCUACCGGCUAGAGGUGGCUCUGGAGCGGCAGCGCCUGGAGAUGGACCGCCAGCUGACCCUGCAGCAGAAGGAGCACGAGCAGAGUGUGCAGCUGCUCCUGCAGCAGAGCCGAGACCAUCUCGGUGAAGGGUUAGCAGACAGCAAGAGGCAAUAUGAGACCAGGAUCCAAGCGCUGGAGAAGGAACUGGGCCGCCACAUGUGGAUGAACCAGGAACUGAAACAGAAGCUCAGUGGUUCGAAUGCUGCAGGCCAGAGCAGGGGUGGGGAGAAGAGGACCCUGUGCCUGGAGAACAGACAGCCCCCUGGAAACGAAGAAGAGCCUCACCCAGCCCCCGAGCUUCCCUGGCAGCCCCCCUUCACUGAGGGUGUCCCCCGCACCCGGGAGGAGGUGCGGGACUUGGUCCGAGCCCCGCUGCCGCUGACGUGGAAGCGCUCCAGCCUGUGUAGUGACGAGCAGGGCUGUCCUGAGGAGCUGAGGCAGCGGGAGGCAGCCGAGGCCCUGGUGGGGCGGGGGCUGCCGGGGGCUGAGGGGGGUCUGCCCUGGAACUUCGGGCCCCUGGCCAAGCCCCGGCGGGAGCUGCGGAGAGCCAGCCCAGGGAUGAUUGAUGUCAGGAAAAAUCCCUUGUAGGCUUUGAGCAAACCCCACCUUGGAGGGAGGUUCCGAUCCUGCUGAAAGGUGCUAUUGCCACCCAUCUUGCUUCUGUGAAGGACAGUCCUUACCUCAUACCCUAAGUCCACAUCCAGAUCUUUAUGCUAAUUGGGGUCAACAAAUUUGGGCCAUAGCCCAGAAGAACUGGACUCAAGUUUCUAAAACAAUAUGCAAACUGCCACUCCCUUCCUUUAAGCACCUGAUUGCCACCUUUCUUCGGUUUGCUCAAGAGUUUUGGAAGCACAAGCCUGGUGUGGAGCGUAAGUGUAGUAGAUGCCCAUAGGUUGGGGCUUCAGCCGAGGCUGGUCACAAAAUGGUCAGUGGCAGCAGGGUUGUGGUCUAAAUGGUCUUAUAUAUAGACAGGGGGAGCUGGGAAACUCAUUAGCAC